AUGGCAGAAGAAGCCCUACGAUCAACAAGUCCUAGGGCAAAUUUUCAUCGCCUGACACGAUUACUGAUGUGUGGAGGUGUGCAGCUUUUGCGGGAGACGUUCGACUCCAUUCAUUCACCAGCUGAUCUGCCUUUGAGACUCGCUGAUCCUGCCAUACAGGCACAGCUGAGAGGAGCACGACUUACCCAACCAGAAAGGGAUUGUCUGAACCCAUCCCCAGGGGUGUAUGGCAGGUCCAACGAUUUUGACAUCACAUUAAUCUUCAAGUUAUUCAGGACAAUUUGCGGCCUGACCCCUCCCCCUGGACCGAGGGGAUGGGAUGUUUUACCAAACGGCUCAGACCACAGUCUGGUGGCAGAUUUAGUACGAAUAAAAUAUUAUCGAAAUGAGAUUUAUGGUCACCGUCCCACUAUGGAAAUAUCUGACAUCGAUUUUAUUCGUCUCUGGGAGGAAAUUAGUGAGGCUCUGUUAAGAAUUGCGACAAAUAUUAGUCCUGCAAAGAGAGAUGAGUGGGAGAAGUCCAUUGAUGAUCUUCUUCGUAAUCCUUUGAUGCCAGAUGAGGAGAGAUGCAUUGAAGAACUGGAGAUCUGGUAUAAGCAAGAUAUGGAUAUUAAAGAUGAAUUGGUAAAGCUUAGAGAGGAGCUGAGAGAGGAACUGAGGUCUCAGCGACCCGUGGUCAUAGUCAUACAGAUGGACGGAGCAGAUGGACCAAAUAAUCCACGAGACAUAGAUAUUUGGAACGUAAUUUUAUCAUUUCAAGAAUCAGUUGAUCUAAUCUUACGAUACUUGUGGAGUAAACUUCAUCUUCUAGUGCGUAACGAUGAGGUAGAGAGCUUGCAUAUUACAGUUGAAUGCAAUUCAUUGCAAGUCCUUGAAGGAUUGUGGGAAGAUUAUCGCAGUGGUCAUCUUAAUUCAGUUGCCCAGGUAAUGCUAAUAACACCACAGGUUUUGGAGAAACUUGGUCUCACUGAGCUGAAGCUGAAGACCUUUAUUUCCAAGGAUCAGUAUGAGAAAGUGAAAAAGCUGUUGGAAGCGAGCCCAGGAGCGGAAGACAAGAGCGAAAUUCAAGCCUUGCAAGUUACACUCGCAAAGUCUAUUUCUGAGGGAUCCACCGAGCCAGCAGCUAAUUCAGCUGAGUCAGAAGCUGGAAAUAACCAAAAUUUAACAGGACUCAAAACCGAUUCUCUUGGACGGAUGGAUGAUUCAGAAGCCAGCAAUGAAGCCACCUCUAGGGAUAUGGCAUUUGAACAGGCUCCUGUAGAUGAAAUCGACGUACAGUCAAUAUGUGGUGAAGUAGGCGCAGACUGGAGAAACCUGGGUACAUCCUUAGGGCUUGAAUCAGCGUUGAUUGACAAUAUUGAGUUGGAUCACAGCACAAACCGUGAGAAGGCAUGGAAAGUGCUUCUAAAGUGGAGACAAAAAAAAAAAAAAGAAGCAACAGUGGGAAUCCUUAUAAAAGCUCUUAGGAAGAUGAAUAGGAAAGACGUCGUCGAAAAACUGUGUGGUAUGUAA